AUGGCUUCACCGGCGGCAGGCUGCCCGGCGGCCUACUCAUGGGCGCCGCAGGACGGGGCACAGCGCGGGCAGAAGGUGUUCAUGCAGGUCUGCGCGGGGUGCCACGUCAUGCUCCCCUACGCCGGCCUUCGGGCGGCGGCGCAGGGCGAGGUGGAAGCUCAGAUGGCCGAGAUCGUUGUCACGGAGGAAGCUGUGACGGCUGUGAGAUCCCCAUCCGGUGGCUCGUACACGCCGGACCUCACCGCCCUCACCACAAAAAUCCAUGAAGGGGCGGCUCUGUACACCACCGGGGGCAACAUCACGACGACGAUGCCUAGGAUGCUCACCGGCGGUGUCUCCAUGUGCCAACAGCUGAUGAAGAAGAUGGCGCCACCGAGCGCCAUGUGGAUGCAGUUUGCCCAGCCCUACAUUGGGACAACUAUCCAGAUGGCUUGAUCGGCCCAUCGAUGUCCAGAGUUUGGAGUCAUGCUACGGUGAAGCUUACCUAUUUCCUUGAAGAUUUCACAUGUAUCUUUGUGCUGAAUCGAGUAGUAUCGAGAAUAAAUCCUCAUGCACGUCGUGUUUAGAAUGGA